UAAUGGUAAUGAUGAUGAUGAUGAUGAUGAUGAUUAUAAGUAUGCCAAUGCGGGUGCUAGCGGCAGUAGGAGCAGCUGGGAGCUCGACAGCGCAGACAGGAGGGGAACCCGUUACGGGAAUGGAGAGUGGAUAUCAUGACAUUGGCGACAGGCGGGGAGAGAGAAUGCUUGAGGCAGGCCCGUCGGAGGGAGGUCCAUCGCCUGCUUUCGACAUCACAAGCACGACUCUUCUUCAAGAUUUCCGCGUGGUUUUGACCACUACUGACUCUGCAUGUUCGCCAUCCGGUACAAAUUCGUGUCUUUCAUGGGUCAAGAGCGUGGUAUUCACCUCCCAGAGGGGUGUGUUCUUCUAUUUGCGCGAAGAUAGAUCGCUGAACACUUCUGCGAGUGCUCGCAGGGAUUCGGUGAAGUUUGUGCGCAAGGGUGAUUUGCGAGGUAUUGCCAGCUCUGGGGACGCAGAAGGCAACUCCUCCCUGCUGACUCUAUCGUGGACGUCUGAAAAGCGGAACGGCACUGCGGCGAGUGCUGCUGCUUGGAACUCGGGGACAGUAAGGAGCGAAGACGGACUUGCUUACUCCACGGGGUUCGAUCUGUCGCGGAACGAGCGAAAUCUCGUGAUGCCUACUCGUUGGGGUCUGGCAUUCAUCAACACCACGGACGGUUCCGGAACUACCUAUCUCUAUCUGAUCCCCGACUUCCAGUGUAGAUUCGCUGCAUUCAAUCCUAACCGCACGAUUCUGUACGUGGCCAGAGAUCAAUGCCUUAAGUUCUCCGUCACGGAUGGCGAGUCGCCUGAAAGCUUUGUCAACGAUUUCAGAACAAGAGCAUGCCGUGAUGCCAGCUAUCUCACCCUCGGUCAUCGAAGCUUUCUCCAAGAUGGGAGCUACCUAUACGCUAGGGACGACCUGAACCAUAAGAUUGUAGGUUUUAACCUGAUUAAUGGAUCUGUGGACUCGGUAACUGGGACAUACGAGGCUGGGCAGCGUAACUCGCUCUAUGUCGGUGCCAAUACCUGGGAGGCGAAUCUUGCGCUGACCCAAGAUGGCUGUAACUUAUUCUUCGCCGCGGAUUGGGCCACAAAUAUCCGGCGGGUGGCUUUCGAUAAACCCGGAGGCAAAGUGGUUAUGGAGGAGACGGUGGCCAAAUGCGGCCUACCGGGAGAAUGCGUCAUCGGGACCGUUGCUUUAGAUAACGAUGACAGCCAUUUGUACGUCUCGAUCCAGACGGGGCAGCUAUUCGAAUUUCCAAUCAACAAGCAAGCUCUUGGGCAAUGCAGCGGUGCAUUUCCAACACCAGCAGCAGUGCUGACAGGCACGCUACCAACGGAAUCCGCUCCAUCGCCAUCGUCGUCAGAACCUUCGACGGAAUCCGCUCCAUCGCCAUCGUCGUCAGAACCUUCGACAGAAUCAUCAUCAUCAUCAGCAGCAUCAUCAUCAUCAUCAUCAUCAUCAUCAUCAUCAUCAACAGCAUCAGCAUCAUCAUCAUCAUCGCCAGAUUCGCCACCGCCAGGGCAAUCAACUGAUGCCUCUCCAGCAACGGGAUCAUCCUCUACGCCGGGACACAAUGGCAGUAGUACACGUGUCAGCAGUAGCUUGCCUGACAGGUCACCAGCGCCAUUGUGGGAGGCGACGGGGAACAACAGGGAUCCUCCGACGCAGCAAUUCCGGUCGCCGUCUAUGCCCAGGGCUGCCUCCGUUCGCCCCCAGUGGAUGCAGUCUUCGUCUCCCCUGUCCGGUGGUUCGACUGCAGGCCGCCGUCAUGCCGAAUGCGGGGAGACGGAUCGUGGCAUCGUCGAUCUUGGUAACGCACGGGACGGGAGGGAGGUGUGGGCAGAACAGCGACGGCUGCUGCGGUCUGGGCGGGAGGAGUCCAUAACGCGGGGGGUGCAGCGACUGCGUGUGGGUGACCACGAAAACGACAGCGAGGAACCAGUGUUGGACGCGGACGAUCACAAGUGGAACGACAACGACGGCGAAGGUGAGGAGGAGGAGGCAGGCUACGUUUCGUCGUCCAAUCAGGCUGUCUCGAUGGGAGGGAGGGGCGGAAAGACGAAGGCCUCUGCCCGCAAUGCUCGUCGGGGGAAAAAAGCGGCAGCCAAGGGGAGCGACGCCGAAGGUGACAUUGAUGCGGAAGGAGGUCGUCAGUUCUGGUCCGUUGACGACAUUAUAGCCCUCAUCCGGGCUAAACGUGACCAGGAUGCUCAUAUGCCGGGGAUAAGUCACGCGUACGCUCGGAUGAAGCCGAGAGAAUGGAAGUGGCUGGAUGUGGCGCAAAGGUUGAAGAAGGUGGGCGUCGAUAGGGACGCAGAUCGGUGCGGGAAGAAAUGGGACAAUUUGAUGCAGCAGUUCAAGAAGGUGCAUCGCUUCCAAGGCAUGUCCGGGAAACAGGACUUCUUCCAAUUGUCUGGGAAGGAGAGAACGUCGAAGGGCUUCAAUUUCAACAUGGAUCGUGCAGUUUACGACGAGAUACUGGGGUCGACCGCCAAAAAUCACACCAUCAACCCCAAGAACGUCGCCGACACUGGUGCUCUGAGUGGUGUGCGCCUCUCGUCCGCCUCUUCUGGAGAUCCUGAAUCUGUGGGCGACAGGGGCGGUGGUGCAGGACAGGACGGCGAUGACGAUGGAUUGACGAAAGGUUCUUCUCAAAUGACGGGUGGCCCAGGCGGUUUCGGCAAGCGGGAGAGCACAAGGCAGCAAACUUUCGAAGCGAUGACGGAUUGCAUGGACAAGCACGGCUCGCUAAUGACGUCGACGAUGGAGAGCAACAACAAGCGUCUGUGCUCCAUCGCCAUACGGCAGUGCGAGGCGUUCGAAGCAGAGGUAGAAUUGCAGAAACGGCGCUACGCAUCAUCCGAUGAAGUGAGCAGACUUAUGUGCAACGCUCUCAUGGAGAUAGCGAAGGCCAUCCGCGAGCGGUAGAGUCCAUGCCGCCUCUGUUCUUAGCAUUGUGGCUUCCAUGACGAUGUGGAGCCGUCGUCGACGUGGUGGUCCGUAGUUGGCCAUGCUGGCCAGGGAAGUGGGUGGUCGUCCGAUUGGGUGGAUGACUCCUCUCACGUUUGGUUUCUGUUUUGUGUUAUUUUUCUGGUUCAUCGUAGGCUUUAACUGUGGUGUUGGACGUGACCGAUGAUUUCGUCAUCUCCGAAUGUGAAUUGGCGUCGAUGAAGACCGUUGAAGUGGGCGGGCAUGGACUGUUUUCGAUGGCGGAGGGGGAUGGAGACCGUUCUGGGGGAGGGCUUUCAGGGNUUUCAAAUAUUUUCUUUUAAUUAAAUUAAAAUUAAUAAAACUUGGUAAAUAGC